AUGCAAUAAUAUACACCAAGAGCUAUUAUGUGGAUGACUUAUUUAAAUUAUCUACCAUAAGAUUAGACUCAAUAAUUGGCAUUUCUUAAAAAAUAAUAACAUCUCUACAAUUUGUAUUUAGAUGAAUUCAUUCAUAAAGAACACUUAGAGAUUUUCAAUAUUUUAGACAAUAUAGACUCUGAUCAGAAUUCUCUCAGUUUUAAUGAAUUUACAACCAUUAAAACAUAAGUUGUCAAUUCAUGUAUGGAUUAUCAUUAAUAUAUCCAGAAUGAGUAGUUAUUUGAACAAAUUGAAAAAGAUGUUCCGUAUCUUAUUAUAAACUAUAUUUUUAGUCGAACUUUACCAAAAUAAUCAAUCUUAAAGGAACAAAUAAAUGCAAAAUUCUCUUAAUACUUCUUUACUGAUUAGUACAAGAGAAGAAAACUAUUAAGUAAUAUCGCUCCAACUCAUUCAGAUAUUCUUAUUAGAAUUUUAUAUGUUUAUGGUAAAUUAAACCCAGCCAUUAAAUAUAUGUAGGGAAUGAGUGAUUUACUUGCUCCAUUAUAUUUAAUUAUCAAAAAUGAAGCAGACACAUUUUUUUGUUUUACUAAAAUUAUGGCUCAACUCAAAGAUGCAUAUAUAUCCACUCUUGAUUUUACUAACACAGGAAUCAGAGGAUUACUUCUUAAAUUUGAAACCUAAUUCCAAUUAAAAGAACCAAAGUUAUACAAUUAUUUGCAUAACCUUGGAAUUCACCCAUAUAUGUAUGGCUAUAGAUGGAUUAUCACCUGUUUGACUCGUGAAUUCUAUCUUGAUUAACUCUAUUAGAUAUGGGAUCUAAUGUUACAUGAUCGUAAUAUACAUGAUUUCAUUAUCAAAUUUGCUAUUGCCAUUCUAAAAUACUUGAAACCUUAGUUAUUUGAAGCUGAUUUUAAAUUAGCUUUUGAUAUUUUGAUUUACAGUGAAAAAGAUGUCAAUCAAAUUCUCAAUUUUAUGUGAUUUAUUAAUUUAUACAU